UAGCGAGGUUACACCGGCUAAGAAGGCAGGUAAAGAUGCCGAACGUGGCAAGAAGGGGCGUCAAAAGACGCGCUCGGGAAAUGACAAGAUCACAGGCACGAAAAAAGGAAAGCGAUCCGCUAAGAGGAGCGCGGAUAGCACUAGCUCGAAGUCGUCCUGCGGCGAAUCGACGCGUUCCAAAGGUGGCACGCCUAUCACCGAUCAGCCGCCAGAAGCAGCCGAGGGCUCUCCAAACGAGAAAACCGAGUUAAGGCACGUGACAGAAGGCUUGAACGCGGCUUCCCGUUCCGCGUUAGAAGGAGAUCGACAUCAGGAGACCAUAGCGUUCGAAGCUAUUCUGUUCCUAAAAAAAUGCCUAGAGAGCAGCGCUGUAAUGAGCCACCCGGCCGUGCCUCCUAAUGCGGGGCAACUGACUGGCGCCGAAGGAGCCCACGAUACGCGUCGCACUUCUGCAGACGACGAGCAGGCGAGGAAAACGUCAUCGUCUGGGCAACCGCAAUCAAGCGAGCCGGAGGUGAAUGCGACGGCAGCGGCGUCGGAAUCCAUGCGCGAGCGCGAACAAGACGACGGCGCGAAUGUGAAGGAGCCCUCUAAGAAAUCCCGUACGUCGAAGCCGUCCACUAAACGCGCUGGCCGCAGCUCCGACCGAAAUAAGGCAGGCAAAGACCGCGCAGACACGGAAACCAAGAUGACGACGAAGCUCGGGUCCGGCCAGGUGGUUUGUCCGGAGAGUGUGGCAAACGGAAAAGACGUGCAGCCUGCCCCGAACCCCGUAGAUGCUCUCAAGACGUCUGUGACAUCAAUCGUCCCUCCGACACGGACGGGGCUCCUAGCAGCGUCCGGGUUCGCUUCCGAGGUGCCAACGGAAGACGUAAUAACACCGGUAGAGCAAACGCAGGCCUCCACUGCGAGUGACAUUCGUGCCCCGACGCCACGCUUCAUUUCCCGCAACUCUCACGCCAGAUUUAAGUUGGAGGAGAAGCGGAAGCAAUCCGCCGUGUCCUUUGAAGCCGGCGUCAAGGAACCGCAAACGAACGACAAGGUGCCCUUCGUGAAGCGAGAGUCCACGGCCUUGGCGCACUUGGAAGAACUGGGUCCGAGACUCGCGCACGGGAGGAGGAGUUUGUCGACGAUUCUCAAGACAUCGGCCACACCGACACGCUUCGCCCGGCGGGCCUCCUCGGUCGACUUCGGUCCCGGAAAAUACACUCUCAUCAGGUGCGAACGCCUCUCCAGGCGUCUUGCAUCCUCGUGCUAAAUUCUUGUUCAUUAUCAUCUGUACACAACUGCCUCGAAUACUUUUCAAGAUUGCCUCAGAAGCGACUACCUAAUAUAUUAAUCCCGAAUAUAAGUUCGGUGGCUGGCGGGAAUCGCGUGGGUGGUUUAAGCGUAUUCCUGAAAAAAACUUAAUGCGACGAGUUCUGCGCGAAUUCGUUUAUCGUUGCGGCCAAUGAGGCAUAGGUGCAGGGUUUCCUGUAAAUGACUGCCACAUAUAGCGACGCUAGUUUGUUUAGAAAUCGAUCGUUCGCUGCCCAUUACGCACUUCGUCCUAUAUCCUGAAAUGUACCCCCAUGCCUGCCAAACGUGUACACAACGUAGGAUGUCCCAGCUAUCACACGCGGAGCUUUUCAAUAACGCGUAAUAUUGUACCCGAACAAGACCAAGCAAAUGUUGCUUAGAGUUGUGUCGGGAA